GUCAUCCAAUAUCAUACUAAAUGAAUUUUAUUGGCAUUUUAUGAUGAAUAAGGCAUUCAGAAUACAUACUCAAUAUAUUGUACAAAUGAAUAACUGGCAUUACAUUACGUUCCCUCUUGACUUUCCCUGACCACCCGAAAACGAGACUAAGCGUCAAAAUGGCCGAUGAUCUACGCACUAAUCUCAACUUUGAAGAUAUCAAUCAUGGUCUGGCUCGUUUCCGAGAUAAUGUCAUACUCAAAUCAAGAGAAGAAUCGAGAAAAAUUAUAUCUACGUGCAUUGAGAAAGUAAUCUUGCCAGUAUUGACCAAAAUUGGAGAGAUAGAGAAGCGCUUCCAUUGCUCAGUGCCCUCUUCUAUGAACGCGAGUUAUUUCGAAGGCUUAAAAGUGUCAGCCAAGAAUGAAUUCGAGCUCAUGGUGAACUUGGAUCAUUUAACGGCCUUCAAAUCCUUUGAUGAUCUGGGCAAUCGAGAAAGCAAAUAUGCCUGUUAUGGCUAUUUGUUGUGCAAACACAGCUAUCACAAUUUGUCAGACGUGGUGGUCAGCCCACCCCCAAAUUGCAAGCAUGAUAAAGAUGAUCAGGUCAUCUCAGCGCUGAAAGUAAGGAAGCAUUUUGCUGAACUGGCCAGCCAGGCUUGUUCUCAUAUCAAAUGUGACGAGGGGCUUCAGGUUGAAGCACAAUUUCGAGAUCCUUACACUGUCUUGAAGAUCACCAUGGAUGACAAAGCUUACUACUUUGAACUUGUACCUUCCCUACCUUUUGUGAAUGCAUGGCCCCCAAGUGCUGAGGACUUUGGAGUACGCACAAAUGAAUGGCUAACAACAGAUGAUGUCAGAGAAAUAAAGCAGAUGGGAUAUAGUGUGAUCCCAAUGAUUUGCCCUGCAGACCCAAAGAAUGAAGCUCUUUGGAGAAUAUCUUUCUCCAAAGCUGAGAAGUAUGUAAUGAGAUACGAAGAUUUUGGUGAUCCACGCGGAAGGCGCAAGCAGUGUUCCAGUUUCCUCAAAACCAUUCGUGAAGCUAACAAAGAAGCUAUGAGACCACUGGUUUCUUACCAUCUCAAGACCCUUGUCCUAAAUGAUUGCAUGAAGUGGCCAAAGGAUGAAAGCUGGACACAUGAAUUACUGUCUCAGAGGUUUGUUGGGCUGCUUUGGCACCUAGAUGAUGCACUGGAAAGAAGAAAACUACCUCAUUUUUUCAUCAAGAAAUGCAACCUGUUGGCACCCUAUGAUAUGGUUGAUCUACAAGAACUGGCCACAAAAGUGAAAGAUAUUUUCAAUGAUAUUGUGGUGAAUCCCCUUACAAGUUCACAGUUGAACAUUAAACAGGGACAUUAAAAUGCUGUUUUAAUUCUACUACAUUUGAAUUGUGUGAUGGCAGUGUAAUCUAUUUAGAAAUAUGAUAGGAAUAUAACAUUGGUCUUCCUGCAUAUAUGCAUAAUAUUUGAUAUAUUUUUAUUUUUUGUGCAGUUUAGACUUCAUCUUUUACUUUGAGUUUAGAAAAGUGCAUACUUAUAUUUCACUAAGUUUAUUCAAUCUCAUUAUCCUUAUCCUGAGUAUUUACAAGAAAUAUCUAAAUCAGGGAAAUGUUCAGAUAAGAGUAUUUGUAAAAUGUGAGGAAAUGCUGAUCUGUACAUGGAAUAUUCAAUAUAUACUUGACUCACCUGUACAAGCCUUACAUUCCUUGCACUUUAUUUGUGACAGUUGUAUUGAAAAUUUACAUAUCAGUCAUUUAUUCUAGUAAAAGAAACAGGGACCAACUCUAUGUUACCAAUCAUGUGUUUAGAGAUUUAGACUCAUGCAGUGUUUCACUGUUUGUUUAUCAAUAUGCACCAUUUUAAAGAUUGCAGUGAUAGCUUGACAUUAAAAAAAUUCUUGAAUGUUAUUACAUUAAAAAUAGACUGCAACUGACAAUCCAAGUUCCAAAUUGGGGAUUUUGGAAGGAAACCAGGUGCCAAAGCCUUGAACAGCAGACUAAACUUGAUACAGCCAUAAACAUCGAUUUUUAAGAAUGUAUUCCUGUAGUAUAUCUAGUUUUUUUUUUUAAAUCAUAAUCACCAAAUUUAUAUAAAUGUGUAAAUAGUACUUUGGCUGACGUUACAUUUACCUCUGCAAUAAAAAAAUUCAGGUCCUAAGUAGCAGCUUAUUUUGACAUAUUUUAAGCUCUAUUUUUACAUUUUGUAUAAUUUAAAUUUAACUUUUAAAAGAAUAUCCACUAUAAGAAGUAUUUUGGCUGUGACUUGGAUCUAAUAUAUACUUUCUAAUAUUAUCUUUUUUUAUGACAGAAGUAAAAGAACAAAUCUUUACUAUGGUAUACAGAUUUGUUAGUACUUUUUGUAGAAAUGGGUGUCUUUUUUAUCACCCAAUUUGCCAUUUAGUUGAAUGACAUGAAUGUCAUGAUCUCUAUAUGCAAUAUUUUUAAAAAUCAAUAAUUUUACAAUAUAUGCCAUAAUUGCAAGGAUAAAUAUUUCCUUACUAGUUAGUGUUGUAUUUUUAUGCCAUCGUAAUCUUGUAGCAAAUGCCAUGAUUUUUAGGACUGAUGUUCCCUCCCAAUUUAUUAUAAAUGUAUUUGGCACUGUAACAUCUUUAUGUAGCAAAUUAAAGAUGAAAUAAACAAUACCUGGAUAAUUAACAUAAGAUAUCUUGACAGUAUUGACUAUUACUGGUUAUUAAAUGUUAUUCCAACAA